GAAAAUGUAACACUGCUUUUCGUGGGAGUGGCAAUUUUUUCUGUUAGACAAAGCUUAAAAUAUUUCUCUUGAAUUAUUGUCUCUAUGUGCGCUGAUUUGGACAAGCAGGGUUGUGCCUAUGGCAGCCGCCGUGAGAGCCCCCCUCUCGGGGCCGACUUUGUUUGCGCUGGCCGGGGAUGUGGGUUAGAGAGCUGUAGUCUUCCCUUCCCCCAGCUCUCUGGCGAAACAGGAACAACUUCUUCUAGGAGAAAAAGUUGCUAGAGUUUGGAGCGCCCUGAAAUACGGAGGCCGCCAAAUGGUAGCCAGUGAGACGCUGAGAUUUCAGGGGGGCACUGUUUCGGGGUCUUUCGUUUGUUUCAGGAGUUUGUUUCACUCGUUUACAAACUGGGCCUCCAGUCAUUUUUUUGUACGGUUUAUUAAUGGCUGACACUAUAAUGCUGUAUUAAACUUGAUAUAUACCUACAGUACUCAAUAGGCUGUCGUAUCUUGUAAGCUUGUUUUAUAUAGUCAAUUUUACACUUGGGACUCGAUGCGAUUGUACUCAGGAUGCCAGCAAUAUAGCCUAACCUAAUCAAACCAGAUAUAUGAUUGCGUUGAAAUGAGUCGUGUGACGAGCUGCAGUCUUGCUGGAUUACAUUUUUUCCCCGGGCACGUGUGUUUUUGCCUGCGUUGACCCGUGCCUGUGAGGGCUUUCCCAGUGACAGAGCGAGGAUCAGCUCCUGUGUUUAGCCUGUCUUUUGUCGGAGUGGGAGGAGUCAGAGUUCAAAGGUGGUGGCUCUGGGGACCAGGGCUAGAUCUCCAUAUGAGGCCCUGCUCAGAGGGCUGGGGUGCGACCGAGGUUGGGCGGUCACGGAUGGUGCGGUGAUGACCACGUCUAAGUCAUGACGAUGAUGGACAUGAGUUCCCAAGGGCUGUGAGAGCCCCUUGGGGAAAGUUCAGGCACAAACCAACACUCUUCCUACAUUCAGAAACACACACUCUCUCUGACACACAUUGAGACACACACACACACACACAGUCUUGUUAAGAGAGGCGCGCACGCACACACACAGCAUGUUGGAGGUCCAGGAGGAGAGGCCUGCUGCCGCAGGAGGAACGGCAGGAGCACACUUCACCAAGAAGGAACGAGGGAAGAAGGAGCGGGAUGACUCCAAGGAUGGCCGGGGCAGCCUGGGAAAUAUGGGGAACAGUGUUCCGGGCUCGGGUGGCCGGGGAAACGCCAGAGGGAAGGCCCCUCACACACACAGUGGCAGCCCCCACCAGCUCAUCACCCCGCCUUGUUCUGUGGUGCUGGGAGCCCCCUCCAUGCACACCAACCGACUGAAGAACUCCCCAUCCACCAACACUCAGAGUCCUAAACCCAAGCCAGAAGUCAUGGUGCGCUCCCCUGCCGUCACGUCCCCCUCUGCUGGCGCGGCCCAGAUGGACUCCAAACUAACUAAUCAGAGCAAACCAGGAAGCACCGGCAGCCAAUCGCAGGCUUCGCCCUGUGACCCUAAGACAGUCGGCGCUAAGGGCUCGCAGCAGGGCGGGGUGUCGGGUGCUGGGCCGGGUGGCAUGGGGGGGCUGAAAAAUGGCCAGGGCCUGACUGCUGGGGGACAGGGGGCAAAGGUCAAGGUGAAGAGGGAGAGGAGCACCUCGGUGGAGUCCUACCACGAGCAGCAGCCAGACACGGGCACGCCCACCAGCGACGACAAGGAGAGUAACCGAGUGAAAAGGAUGUGUGUGGCUGAGAGGAGGCAGCCCUAUAGCGGAGCUGACUGGUGCUCCGGAGGAGAGAGUGACGAGGAUGACAAAGGCUUCUUCAACUGUAACUCCAGUGAUGUAAAGCCUCAGGAUUCAGGCUCCCAUCCUGCCUCCAAUGCCGGACUCAGCCGCUCCUCCACGCCCUCCCACAAUGCACUUGGAAGCCAGAGCUCAGAGCUGGCUGGCGGACAGAAGGCGGCCUCUAAAGUGGUGUACGUCUUCACCACAGAAAUGGCCAACAAGGCAGCCGAUGCCGUUCUAACAGGCCAUUCAGAAAACAUCAUCAACUUCCACAUGAAAAACAUCUCCAACAGCAAGGACAAGACCCAUCUUCCACCCCUGAACAAUCAGACAGCACCCCUCCGAGGUGAUUCCAAACCGCCCCAACAGUCCUCAUCUCACCACUCUGAUCAGAACCACCAAACAGGGUCUAAACCCGGCCUGACCGAUCAAGCUCAACCCCAGCCCCCUUCCCAGGGGGUGAAGCCUGGCUCACAUGCCCAGGACGGAGCUUCCUCUGCAGGGAUGGAUGCCAAGAACCUCCCCGGUAGCAGCCCUGGUAAUACCAUGGGUCCUGGUGACCUGACCCCUGGGUGUCAGCCCCAGUCUGAGCAGGGCAUGCCCCCCCUGAACCCCCCACAGCCUGGGGAAGGAGCAGGGUCGGGGCCCAUGGGGAUGGGCCAGCCUGGACUGACCCCCCAGCAACAGCAGCAGCAGCUGGCCCAGGAGCUUCUCAACAUGGAGGCCAACACAGAGGGUCUGUCCCAGGAACAGCUGGAGCACCGCCAGCGCUCCCUCCAGACCCUCCGAGACAUUCAGCGCAUGCUCUUCCCCGACGACCGUGACGCCCCGCCACCCCCGGGCCCACACGGCGGGCCCCAACAGCCCCACGACGGCAUGCCUGAUGGAGGGCCCCGGAGGCCUGAACAAGGCCCUCUCCAGGCCAUGAUGGCCCAGUCCCAGAGCCUCGGUCCAGCAGUUGGACCAGGAGGGCCCCGACCCCAGGGACCCCCGUUCGGUCCGCCGCACGGUCACCCAAGAGACAUGCCUCCCUUCCCAGACGAGCUGGGUCACAUGAUGGUCCCGGGGGGGUGUGGGGACGGAGAUCACAUGACUCCGGAGCAGGUGGCCUGGCUGAAGCUGCAGCAGGAGUUCUACGAGGAGAAGAAGAGAAAACAGGAAAUGCAUCACCGCCCGCUUCCUCCUGACAUGAUGAUGCAUCCCCAUGGGCCUCGCGGCAUGAUGCGAGGGCCCCCGCCGCCCUACCAGAUGGGCCCCGGAGAGGUUUGGGGGCCGGGGGGUCCACCGGAGCACUACCAGGAGCGCAUGGCCAUGGGUCCCAGAGGAAUGCCUCCCCACAUGCAGAGGAUGCCUGGUUUUCCCCAGGGGAUGAUGAACCCCGACAUGGAGGGACCCCCCAGGCCCGGGAUGGGCUGGCCUGACGACGUGCCCCCCAGGAUGGGAAUGGGGGAUGGUCGUGGGUUCCCAGGCGGGCCAGGGGGGAUGUUCGGGGGUCCCGGGAUGCGUGGAGAGCGUUUCCCAAACCCCCAGUCAGUCCAGGAGGCCAUGUUUCACCAAGGCAUGGGGGGCGACAAGGGCCCGGGCCUCCCUCCGCAGAUGAUGAUGGAGAUGCAGCGGAUGAUGGGACACCAAAGAGGCAGCAUGGAGCCGGGCAAUGUGGGAGGGAUGAUGUUUCCCAGGAUGCCUGGCGAGGGCCCCAUGAGCCCGUCCUCCAGGCUGGCAGCGAUGGGGGGCAGGGAUAUGGCCUCUGAGUUUGGCAUGGGCCCCGGCCCCCAUGGGAACCCCAGGCUACGAGAGGGCCUCAUGAACAUGAGCCCGGAAGAGAUGAUGAGAAUGAGAGGGGGCCCUCCGAUGGACAACAUGGGCCCCCAGGGGAGGCAGAUGCAGGGGCCCCACUUCCCUGACCAGCCCCAGCCAGGGGACUUCCCAAUGGGGCCUGGACGGCCUUUCCCAGGGGGAGGUAUGAGGGGGCCUCACGGAGAGCAGCCCUACGGUGGCCCGGAGCACAGGACCACCCCUACGGGGGGCAACGGCCGCCUCAACCACCUCCCCCCCGCUGCUGGACCUCCCCAGGGCCAGAGAGGGCGUAAGCCUGCGGAGCUGAACAUCCAGUCAGGGGGGGGCAGCUCGCCCAGUCUCAACGCCCUCAAGUCCCCCCCUUUGAGGCAGGUACAGUCCCCAAUGAUGGGGUCCCCCUCCGGGAACCUCAAGUCCCCUCAGACCCCCUCUCAGCUGGCCGGGAUGCUCUCUGGGCCCAACGGGCCCCCUAAUGCUGCCAACUCGGGCCCAAUGAAGUCCCCUCACUCUAUGAUGGGAUCUGCUGGAGCCUCACCUGUACAUAUGAGGUCCCCGUCCCUCCCCAAUCCCUCUCCGGGGUGGGCCUCCUCCCCUAAACCCCCCAUGUCUAGCCCGGGACUCCCCCAGCAGCAAGGAGGAAAACCCCCCCUCAGUAUGACCUCACCUAACAUGAUGGGAAACAUGGAGCAAGGUGGUAACGGCCCCUCCUCGGCCCCCCCUUCAUCGGGAGCCCAUUCUGGCCCCAUGCCCCUCCAGGGGGGUGCGGGUGGCACCCCGACCGGUAGCCCCUACUCUGUCCCCCCUGAACCCACGCUGUCCCAGAACCCCCUCUCCAUCAUGAUGUCACGCAUGUCCAAGUUUGCCAUGCCCAGCUCCACGCCCCUGUACCACGACGCCAUCAAGACGGUGGCGAGCUCUGACGACGACUCGCCCCCCGCGCGCUCCCCAAACCUGCCCCCCAUGAGCAACAACGGUAUGGGAAUGAACCACCACCAAGGGCCUCGUAUGAUGGGCCCCGGCUCCUCCGGCCCCAUGCCAGCCCUCAGUCCCCUAGGUAUGACCCCGAUGGGCUCCCAGCCUCUCUCCCACGGCAUGCCCCAGCAGAUACCUUCCCCAAACCCUCCCAACAUGGGCCCAGGCAUGAUUCCCCAUGGCCUGAUGAUGCCCCCCAACCCCCAGGACCAAGGCAUGGGCAAUCCGCAGAUGAUGUCCCAGGGACGCAUGGGCUACCCCCACCGAGGGCAGGGCUACCCCCUUCCCCAGUCCCCCUCCCAGCAGGGUCCCUUCUCCCCCCACAACGGCCCCGGGCCCCAGGGCUUCCCAGGACACCCCAUGGGCUUCCAGGGAGAGGGGGGCCCCAUGGGGGGUCGGAUGGUGAGCAUGCCCCAUGGCGGCGGAGGCGACGGGGGUCGGCCCAACAACCCCGGGGGGCCGCAGUUCAACAUGCAGGGGGAGUUCAACGACGCGGACCUGCACGACGUGAUGCGGACCGGGGCGUCCGGCAUGCCCGAGUUCGACCUGUCCCGGAUCAUCCCGUCCGAGAAGCCCAGCCAGACUCUGUCCUAUUUCCCCAGAGACGGCCCGGGCCCGGGGGGCAAGCCUCCGCACAUGCAGGGGAUGAUGCAGGGGAUGAUGGGGGAGGGCCCCCCACGGAUGGGCAUGCCCAUGGGGGGGAUGCCUGGGGGGCCAGGAGGUGGCAUGGGCCCCCAGGACAUGCCCAUGGGAAACCCUUCCCAUAAUCCUAUGCGGCCGCAUGGGCCGCCGGGCUUCAUGGGCCAGGGCGUGAUGGGGCCCCAGCACCGGAUGAUGUCGCCGGGGGGCAUGAUGCAGAGCAAGGAGCGGGGGGUGCUGUACAACCACCCUGGGCCUGGGGGGUCGCCCAACAUGAUGAUGUCAUUGCAAGGCAUGGGCGGCUCCCCCCAGCAGACGAUGAUGAUGGGGGGGCAGAUGAGGCCGCGGGGCAUGGACAUGGACAUGGGCUUCAGCCCGGGGCCCGGAAUGUUCUAACACACACCUCGUAGAACCUUGGACCUGGAAUGUUUUGAGCCGAUAUACAGUAUGCGGGUGGAAUAGGCGUCACAAGCAUAUGAAAUGGAUUAAAACACCGGAUGCGAGGAAAGGGAGACGUUGGUUCGCUGGACGUGAAAUGAAAUGCGGAGGAGUGACGCGGUCGAUGGCUUGUUUUGAGCUGCGUAGCCCAGUACUUGUCUAUUGCCACGAGAGCAUUUCGUUUUGACACUUCAGAAAUGUCUGAAUGUACGGGAUUGUUGUGCUUUAAUAUCACAAUUUAAACUGUUCCUCAAGUGUUUUUUUAUUUUUCUUCUCUGACUAUAAGGCUGAGGUGCGCGUUGAAGAGGAACAGUACAGCAGCUGUACAUCGACUUUUUCAAAUCAGUAAAAAUAAAAUAAUCAACAACGGAUUUGUCCAGGAGUGGAUGAGUAACAUAAAGUGGAAUAUAAAGACUUUGUGGAAUAAAAUAGUACUUUGUGAAGAUUUCGAUGGAACUCCAUCCUCUCUGGCUCCAUCGUUUUGACUUUCUGUGCAGUGUGUGCGUGUGUGUGUGCGUGUGUGCGCGCCUGCGUGUGCUUAGGAGUGUGUGUGUGUGUGUGUGUGUGUGUGUGUGUGUUGUAAGUAUGUAUAGGGAUUCUAUCAGUGACCUCUGAGCUCUCUCACCCACCUUUUCAUUGGGGGAGGGGUGCCCCUUUAAAAGAACAGUACUGUUUACCAUUGUGGGCUAUUUGAAUUUUAGUCUAUUUUAAUUUCCUUUGUAACUCCAGUGUAUAACAAACCAAACUAUGACCUCAUAAAGAUAAUAGUAUUAUUAAAAAAGCACAAACAUGGAUCAA